AUGGGCGGUGAAGAGGCCCGGCCUCCCAGAGCCGAGCUGAACUGUGCCCAGAACCCCAAAUGGGCCGGAAAGAGAUUGUUCCGCAGCCCCGAAACCGCCCCGAGAGCUGUCCUUUCAAGAGGUUUCUUUUGCUUUUGGCGGCAAUAUGAGCUUGCGGCGGCACGCUUUCUGCUGCCCCAGAACGUGAGCUGGGCCGACCUGGAGGGGGCGGGCGACGGCGACGGCUACCCGCGCGCCCGGCACAUCCUGUCGGUGUUCCCGCUAGCGGCGGGCGUCUUCUCCUUGAGGUUGCUCUUCGAGCGAUUUAUUGCUAAACCCUGUGCACUCCAUGUUGGCAUCGAGGACAGUGGACCUUAUCAGGCCCAACCCAAUGCCAUCCUUGAAAAGGUGUUCGUAUCUAUCACCAAGUAUCCUGAUGAGCAGAGGCUGGAGGGCCUGUCAAAGCAACUGGACUGGGAUGUCCGAAAAAUCCAAUGCUGGUUUCGCCAUCGGAGGAAUCAGAACAAGCCCCCAACGCUCACUAAAUUCUGUGAAAGCAUGUGGCGAUUCACUUUUUAUUUAUGUAUAUUCUGCUACGGAAUUAGAUUUCUCUGGUCGUCCCCUUGGUUCUGGGACACCCGACAGUGCUGGCACAGCUAUCCAUAUCAGCCUCUUUCAAGUGGACUUUACUACUAUUAUGUCAUGGAAUUGGCCUUCUACUGGUCUCUCAUGUUUUCUCAAUUUAUAGACAUUAAAAGAAAGGACUUCCUGAUUAUGUUUGUGCAUCACUUGGCCACCAUCGGGCUGAUCACCUUCUCUUACAUCAACAACAUGGUCCGGGUGGGGACUCUGGUCAUGUGUCUUCAUGAUGCCUCAGACUUCCUGCUGGAGGCGGCCAAGCUAGCAAAUUAUGCCAAGUAUCAGAGGCUCUGUGACACCCUUUUUGUGAUCUUCAGUGCUGUGUUCGUGGUCACUCGUCUAGGAAUCUAUCCAUUCUGGAUUCUGAACACGACCCUCUUUGAGAGUUGGGAGAUGAUCGGGCCCUAUCCUUCCUGGUGGCUCUUCAAUGGCCUUCUCCUGAUCCUACAGGUCCUACAUGUCAUCUGGUCCUACCUUAUUGCACGAAUUGCUUUCAAAGCCUUGAUCCGAGGAAAGGUGUCCAAGGAUGACCGCAGCGACGUGGAGAGCAGCUCAGAGGAAGAAGACGUGGCGGCCUACACAAAGGGCCCGCAGGGCAGCUGCCCCAGCAACGGGGCCAGCUGUGUGAACGGCCACAUGGGAGGCAGCCACUGGGCUGAAGAGUGAAGUGGUUGGUAUGGGAACUCGAGUACACAUGGACUUGUAGGGCCACUGGUGACCUGCGCCCAUUGGGCCACCCCACAUCUACACACCUGUGACUAGGGGACUGCAAGGCACUGAGGAGAAUCAAAGAAGCAAAUAUUUUCACUUUUUUUUUUUAAAAAAACUCUGCCAUUUUGUAUUUAAUAGCCUCCAGGUCCUUUAAAUAAUGUUAUUUGUGUGUGUGUGUGUGUGUGUGUGUGUGUGUGUGUAUGCGUGCAUGCGUGUAUGUGUGUGUAAAUGCAUGCGUUUCAUUGUCUGGGUUGGGGCACAACUCGGGACGGGGCCACAAGGCCUCUCCUGGCCCUCUCUGCACCCACCUCCAACCCGGAUCUGGCUGCAUGUGAAUUCUGCUGGCUCUGGACUGUCCUCCCUUACUGCCCUGGCCCUGAGGCUCUAAACCCGGACCACCUGAAUGGAGCAAGCCGGCUCAGCUCCCGGCUCCUGCACGGUUCCUCUUUUGGAGCUGGAAUCCCCACUGAAGACUUUGUAUAGAAACACAGACCUGGGCGGAUGGCCAGACUGCCGUGGCCUCUAACUAGAUCCCCUUCCUACCACCUGGUGACGACAGGGACAGCUGCUGAUUCCCUGCACUUUGCUCAUGGUACGCAGGCAGGGGGGUGGCGGAGGCUGAGCCGAGGGCCGGAGGACAGCAGCCACUGGGUGAGCUGUUCCUGAUUUGAUACUGUUGUUUACUCUCUCGUGAUUAAAAGUGCUUCAACCCUC